AUGUCCCAUCAGCAACGUGAGAACGUAAGACAGGGCCUUGUCGCCAUGUUGCGACUUCGACUAGAUGCAUGCGAGAUCGCUUCCGGUGAGCGUAUUCCUCUCGUGUCCGUUUUCGACCGUGCAAUUCAUGGCAUUGAAAAGCACAGAGCACAUCGACUUCUUGCUAUCCUUGCUAGUAAAGCUGUUGAAAGUCCUCCUGGAUUUUGGGCUCUACAUGAUACUGAAACGAUUCGUGGUGGUCUGGCCAUUCGCUUCUUUGUUCCUCGACCUUUUGCCGCAUCACACUACCAUUCUCUAAUCUUAGGUCGAAACGAUGUGCCUUUACACUCAGGUGACGUAUGCCUGUGGUCACUUCAUCUACCUCAUCCGACCCGCGCCUUGCCAGAGAUACAUAUCCACGGCGAUAAAAUGUCCGUUGCUUGUCACGGCGACUCUUGUUUUCGAGCAUGCGAGAUGCAAUGCCUGCUUGCAGCGAGAACGCAAUGA